ACACGUCCUUGGCAAAUGACGCGUGUAUGCGAUUCUGACUCCUAAUAAUGCUGCAAUUUUGUAGUUCUCUUACAGUACGGAGACCGAGAACCCAACCCGAUUCAGAAAACCUCAAUAAAAUUUCAUCUUCAAGACGCCAAGCAAAAACCCAGAAUUCCCAUUUCAGAAUUCGGACAAUCUUCCAUUUAGCCCCCUUUUUUCCGUAGCAUAUUCUUUCCCGGGAAUUCAAAAUAGAAAUUCCCAGGAACAUAGCAUCAAUUUUUGGGAUCCCGAAUCCGGUUCCAUUUCUUUUUUCCCCCGUUCGAUUAAGUUUUUUGUUCCUCCAAUUGCUUUCCGGAACCUAGUUUCCCAUUACCACACUCAAAUAUUCAUAGGGAUUUUGUAUCUCCUAUGGACCAACAGGACGAAGCAAUUUGCAAAUCCUCGAAUUCGUUUAAUUUUCUCAAUGGGUUAUCUCUGAAACAUUCCGCGUGGUUCGAAAUUAGGCUAUUCUAUGUCAGGAUUUCUCCUUGUGUCAUCGAUAACGUGCCCGACCACCUUAAGCUCUGCCAUCCUCGGCGUGAAAUGGGGUUUCCCUGGAAAUGAACGGGUCCCGCAUGCCCCCAUCGGACGGAGACGGCGUCAUUGACUCUCCGUCGGGAUCGGGUCGACAAGGAAUCGUCGGAGGUCACCUAUGUGAGCACCGAUAACAUCCGGGUCACGGGCAGCGUCGAAUUUGAGGUGUACGAGAACGAUGGGUUGAUUCUUUGUGGUUCUUUGGAGCGAAUGGAUGCUGAUUGGACGAGCGGGAAUGCGGGGUCAGGGAAUGAUUCAAAUACAGGUUGGAGCAUGGAUUGUCAUGUGGCGAUGUCCAUCGGGUCAGGCUCGUCGGCGUUUUUCCAGCCAAAACUUGGAGUUUCGGCACCUGCCAUUGAGGUAUAUAUUGCUGGGUGUUGCUCUGGUAUGCCAGUGAUUCUGACCAAGACGAUACAAAUGAGUCCAAGGAGGAGAGUGGCGAGACAUGCGACUCUGGAUGUCAUUCCUGAAGAUGAGGAAGUGGGGAAGGAACAGAAGAGUAUGAACGGGUUGAUUCGCCAGCGUAAAUUGCAGGUAAAGUUAAAUGCAGGAAGCUGGUUCGUCACUUGAAUAAUCUUCGUCGACAGGCAUUGGGACAGGGAAUUAUUAUGUUCGUUUCAACAUUUAUGUUAAUAAUUCAGUGAUUAUGCUUUAGUUGGGUAAAACGUAGUUUUAUCUACUUAAUAUGUGCUUGCAUGCUUUGUACCAAGCCAAUUGCUGCGAUUUAGUGGGCAGUGGUAAGUGUACCAGAAAACAUCUUUAAGCUGACUACCUGAAAGGAUUUAAGAAGAAACCACGGAUGCAAAUCAGACUUGGGAUAACGCAUAUUUGAAGCUGAGUUGAUUUUGUACGUCUUACUAGAUUGAGCCGUGGUUUUCUAAUGCCAUGCGGUCUGUUGACUGUUACAUUAAUCUUUAACAUUGUUUUCCUGAGAAUUUCAAUGUUGCUUUGUUUGUGUAUCCUUUGUCAGCAACAACUAUGCAUGAUUCCUUGAUUAUGCCUAACGGGGGGUGAGGGACCUAUAAUUUUGGUGGUUUGGCUGCAUCUUAAUCUGCUAAAGGAAGAAAGAAAAAAGAUUUCAUUUUCAAUAAGCUGUUUAGUAGAAGAUAACAUACCA